CUACGUAAUCUGUACGUCACUCUUCCGUUGUUCACAGUAGCAGCGUCGCAUGCUAGCUAGUAUAAACAAUGCUGGGUUUAAAUUAAUGUAACGGCUAUUUGUAACGUUAUUUUUUUACUAAUCAUUAUCUCUAAAUUAUAAUCCUAGAAGUAUUUAAUUGACUCGACCACCAUGGACGCAGAAAACCGAUCCAGAAAGAGAAGCAACAGUGAGGAGAGGUCUGGAUCCGAGGGGUCAGAGGAUGAUGACUAUGUACCGUAUGUUCCUGUUAAGAUCAGAAAACAGCAGAUGUUUCAGAAGAUGAUGCGACUGCGAGGAAAAGGGCUCACGGAGGAGGAACAGAAAGACAGUGGAGGAGAGCAGAAAGAUGAGGAUGAAGGUCUUGGUCCACGAUCCAAUGUCAGUCUACUGGACCAGCACCAACACCUCAAGGAAAAAGCUGAAGCUCGUAAGGAGUCAGCUAAAGAGAAACAGUUAAAAGAGGAAGAAAAGAUUCUGGAGAGCGUGGCUGAAGGCAGAGCUUUGAUGUCCGUAAAGGAAAUGGCCAAAGGUAUCACAUACGAAGACCCGAUUAAAACAUACUGGAAACCACCGCGUUACAUUCUCGGCAUGCCACCGGCGCGCCACGAGCGAGUCCGGAAAAAGUACCAUAUUCUCGUGGAGGGUGAAGGCAUUCCAGCUCCCAUUAAGAGCUUCAGAGAGAUGAAGUUUCCUCAGGCCAUUCUGAAAGGUUUGAAGAAGAAAGGAAUCCUUCACCCGACACCCAUUCAGAUUCAGGGGAUACCGACGAUUCUCUCUGGACGAGACAUGAUCGGUAUCGCCUUCACCGGCUCAGGAAAGACCCUCGUGUUCACUUUGCCCAUCAUCAUGUUCUGUCUGGAGCAGGAGAAAAGAUUGCCUUUCUGUAAGAGAGAGGGACCCUACGGCCUCAUCAUCUGCCCUUCUAGGGAGCUGGCGAGACAGACUCAUACUAUAAUUGAGUACUACUGUAAAUUGCUGGAAGAUGAGGGGGCUCCACAGUUGCGGUGUGCUUUGUGUAUUGGGGGAAUGUCAGUCAAAGAGCAGAUGGAGGUGGUGAAACACGGGGUGCAUAUGAUGGUGGCCACUCCAGGCAGACUGAUGGAUCUGUUGAACAAGAAAAUGGUGAGUCUGGACAUCUGCCGUUAUUUGGCUCUCGAUGAGGCUGACAGGAUGAUUGAUAUGGGUUUUGAGGAAGACAUCAGGACCAUCUUCUCUUACUUCAAGGGUCAAAGACAAACGCUGCUGUUCAGUGCCACUAUGCCCAAGAAGAUCCAGAACUUUGCCAAGAGUGCUUUAGUUAAGCCCAUCACUAUUAAUGUUGGCAGAGCAGGAGCUGCAAGCUUGGACGUCAUCCAGGAAGUGGAGUAUGUCAAAGAAGAGGCCAAAAUGGUUUAUCUGCUGGAGUGUCUGCAGAAGACCACACCUCCAGUGUUAAUAUUUGCUGAGAAGAAAGCAGAUGUGGACGCAAUACAUGAGUAUCUGCUGCUUAAAGGUGUGGAGGCCGUGGCUAUACAUGGAGGAAAAGACCAGGAAGAGCGAACCAAAGCCAUCGAGGCAUUUAAAGGGGGAAAGAAGGAUGUUUUGGUAGCUACUGAUGUUGCUUCGAAGGGUCUGGAUUUCCCAGCUAUCCAACACGUGGUCAAUUACGACAUGCCAGAGGAGAUCGAGAACUAUGUUCACAGAAUUGGAAGAACAGGUCGAUCAGGAAAGACUGGAAUAGCCACAACAUUUAUCAACAAAGGAUGUGAUGAGUCGGUGCUGAUGGAUCUCAAAGCUUUGUUGGUGGAAGCCAAGCAGAAAGUUCCUCCUGUACUGCAGGUCCUCCAGACGGGUGAUGAGACGAUGUUGGAUAUUGGAGGAGAGAGAGGCUGUACAUUUUGUGGCGGUUUGGGUCACAGGAUCACAGAUUGUCCCAAGUUGGAGGCCAUGCAGACGAAACAGGUCACCAAUAUUGGCCGCAAAGACUACUUGGCCAACAGCUCGAUGGACUUCUAAUGCUGUCUACAUACCUGCCCGAAUCCACUGUCAUUUUAUUUUAUUCAAAAUGUAUUUUAAUGUGAAAAGUGUACAGUGUUAUUUUUUUCAUUGAUUUCAGUGAAAUUGUCUUGGGGAGUGACAUAUGCUGCCUGUAUGUUUCAAAAUACUGCUUAAAAUAAUGCAGGUCAAACAUUUAUAUAUAUAUUAAAUGCAAAGUUUGUAACAGGUGAUAAUUCCUACCGAUGCGCUUUGUUUGACAUUUUCUUCUGAAUCACACCCAUGCGUUUUUUGAUAACUUGUUUGCUUCACAUCCAGUGUAAAUAAAUGUGAAGGUGAACUACAA